AUGAGAUCUAAAGGUAGAGCGUCUCUUGAGCUCAGGACUGCUUCUGAGAUGCAGAGGACUUUUCUUAUUCUCAUGGUUAUUCUGUUUGCUGUAACGUGUGGCCAAGACACAUGUGGAUAUUACAAUGUGACAGACAAAAUUGGUGUCCUGGAGCAGUCUCCUCGCCUUAUGAAUAUCAGACCUGUCCACAACUGGCUUCAACCUACAAUUGUAUCAGUGGAUAUGACCUUCAGAGGAGUCCUAGAGUUGGAUGAAAAGCUGCAGACUAUGACAACUUUGAUGCAUUUUGCAAUGUCGGAUCCAGCCGCACGUCAUUGCCGCCCGCAGAUCUACGUCACCCGCAGCCUCCGUCGCCUGCCCGGAUCGAUCUGGGAAAAUCAGUUCUUAUCCUGGGAUCCAGAGGAAUUUUGUGGUAUAAACUAUAUCCUUAUACCGGAAGGCUCAGUCUGGGUACCUGAUAUCAAUAUAUUUGAAAUAACAGAGGAUGACUCUAUUGAUGUGCUUUAUAUGCAGCUGUUUUACAAUGGCACAAUACGGAGAAUUAAAACUCUUAAAGUGAUGACCACAUGUCCUCUUGACCUAAACAAGUUCCCCUUUGAUAUUCAGAAGUGCAAUUUGACAUUUGGAACAAGCAUAAGUAAAGUGUCUGAUGUUCUGUUGAUUCCAUCCUCGAGCGCUGAGCAAGUUACAUCACUUUCACUGGAAGAAUUUUCAAAAUCAGAAUGGACUCUCAAAGAAAUCAACAUUAUUCACUUAAAUAUUACCAAGUAUGGAGAAGAAUGGAGCAAAGUCAUUUAUCAGAUUCUGAUAAGAAGAGCUCCUGUUCUGUACGUCAUUAAUCUCAUUAUUCCGGCUUGCCUGCUUGUAUUAGUAGAUGUAGCAAGCAUGUUCAUCCCAACAGAGGGCGGUGAGCGGCUGGGAUUUAAGAUAACAGUUGUGCUUGGAUUCUCUGUGCUCCUGUUGAUUUUAAAUGAUUUUCUGCCGAACACUUAUGAACCACCAAUAUUAGCUAUGGAUGAAUUUCCAGCACUUUUUGAAUCAGAGGCCAAAACUAACAGACAACUGUCAAACAACUCUAAGGAAAGUCCAGAGAUUAAACUACUCAAGAGGUUACUAUUGGAACUGCUAAUGGUCCGUCGACAUCUCAUUGUCGCCAAGAAAGAAGAGGAAGCAAAGUCAGAAUGGCACUUAGUAGCCUUUGUUCUGGACCGGUUUGUUUUCAUCCUCUAUCUGUUAAUUGUGACUAUCAUUAUAGUUAUAGUAGUGCUGGCAUGGGCCAUGUGAAAAGCUUGAGCUUUGUAUAUGUUGCGUGACAUAACCACUUACUAUUUCUAUGACUGAUGAACAGCAGAUAAGGUUGACACCUUCUACCAAUUAAACCCAACUGUUCCCAGGCAUGGUGGAGCCAUUCUAUAUUGUUUAUUUGUACGUUAUCACUUUAGGCUGACUCUCUUAUGUG